AUGUCUUCCUGGGUCAAACUCGGCCUUGCAGCUGUGGCCCUCUCUUCUGACACUGCCCUUGGCUAUGCUGGUAGACUGCCUGCUAGCCCGGGCUAUCAGCCUAAGCACCCUUGUCCAGGACGAUGCAGCACCGCGGGACCUAAUCCAGGCAACUGGUCCUUGUAUCCUAACUUGGAUCAAAUUGGCUCCUGCGAUCUGACUAUGUUCUAUGACUUUUCUCUGUUUGACCCCGUCGACAAUUCAGGCGCCUUUCACCGUAUCUAUUCUUGCUCUUCUUAUGGCCCUGAUUGGUCAAACUUGCCCAAUGCAACGGGGAACGCGUCUCGUGCUACUACCGUCAAUUCGACGUAUGAAUUUGGCACAGGGCACGAAGGCGGCAUGACUCCUGCCUACGUCCGUUCGCUGUCGAGGCAGAUACGCGAGUACCUCGCAAAUGGAUUUGGAGCUACAAACAACUCCGUUAUUCUGUUCGCCCGAGUAGGUAAGACUUCAAUGGGUCUUUACAUUGGCAAGGGGCUCCAAAAUGAAGGCACUGGUAAUUUUGCCCUGAAAUCCUUUGAAGGAGCUGUUGCGUCUGCACCCCAAGGUACUGGAACCGUUGCCAUGCAGCUCUGCCAACCUGGAAACGAUGGUGAUCAUGUAUUUGGCAUCAUGGCGACCAGCAAUUCAACUUUUGAACCUAUUCAAAGGGCCUUUCAGUCAUGGUCCAAUGCGGAAUGCCUGUCUUUCAGCAAUACCAGAAACAUAUCUGGUCCUGCCUACCUCACAACUCCUUUGGUGCUCAACCUGCCACAAACACAGACCAACAGUUCGAGUAUCAAAAUCAACUCUACCUCAGCCACUUCUUCCAAGCGGUCAUCGACCGGACGUCUCCAGCAUCGCGAUACUUGCUCCUAUAUUCAAGUCGCCUCGGGCGAUGGUUGCUGGUCUUUGUCGCAAAAGUGUGGCAUUACCCAGGACGAACUUUCCGAGUAUAACCCUUCGGACCCCAACUUUUGCAACGACCUUCAGCCUGGCGAGUAUGUCUGCUGCUCAGGGGGAACGCUUCCUGACUUUGCCCCACAGCCCAAUCCUGAUGGAUCCUGUGCCACAUACACUGUUCAGAGCGAUGACUACUGCUCGGCAAUUGCUGCAGCAAAUAGCAUCACUACUGACGAGUUGACCGAGUACAACGCUGAUACUUGGUCGUGGAAUGGCUGUAACGAUCUGUUUGUCGGUAUCGUCAUUUGUCUAAGCACUGGCACUCCACCUAUGCCGGCUGCGGUCGCCAAUGCUCUUUGCGGACCAACCGUACCGGGUACGCCAGCGCCACCUGCUGGAACGAAUAUUUCCAUGCUCAAUCCUUGCCCUCUCAAUGCAUGCUGUGAUGUCUGGGGGCAGUGUGGUACGACGACCGAAUUCUGCGUAAACACCAACACUGGUUCUCCGGGCACUGCCGCACCGGGCACCAAUGGCUGCAUUUCGAACUGUGGCACAGAUAUUAUCUCAGGCGAUGUGCCUGUUCUGUGGCGAACAGUUGCAUACUUUGAAGGAUUUGGUCUUGACCGUACUUGUCUUUAUCAAGACGCCAUGCAAAUCGACGCCACAGCGUAUACGAACUUGCACUUUGGUUUCGCCGUCCUCAACUCCGACUACUCAGUGGACACUACCUUCGGAGGUGAUCCGCUGUCAACAUUUGAGUUUUCCCAGUUUCUGAGAAUCAGGGGCGCGGCAAAAGUCCUGUCAUUUGGCGGCUGGGCUUUCUCAACGGACCUAUCUACUUAUAUGAUCUUCCGCGACGGUGUGACGUCUGCGAACGCGGAGACAAUGGCGACGAACAUGGCCAAUUUUAUUAUUGAAAAUAACCUGGAUGGUAUUGAUAUUGACUGGGAGUACCCUGGGGCUCCAGAUAUUCCAGGCAUUCCUCCUGCAUCUCCAGAUGACGGUGCAAACUACUUGGCAUUCCUCACCGUUCUGAAGGGCUUGCUUCCUAACCAAACAGUCUCUAUAACAGCACCCUCCUCAUACUGGUAUUUGCAACACUUCCCUAUUCAAGAGAUUGCUGAAAUGAUUGACUAUAUGAUUUUGAUGACCUAUGAUUUGCAUGGCCAAUGGGACGCAUCCAAUUCAUACUCUCAAGAUGGCUGCCCAACGGGAAGUUGUCUACGCAGUGAUGUCAACUUGACGGAGACAUUGAACUCCCUAUCUAUGAUUACAAAAGCUGGUGUGCCCUCCAGCCAAGUCAUCGUCGGCGUUACCAGCUAUGGACGGUCCUUCGAAAUGUCGGAUGCAUCCUGCUGGAGUGAGGACUGUACUUUCACUGGUUCCAGUUCUCAGUCGAAUGCAGAAGAGGGCCCAUGCACAGGUACGGCCGGCAUCAUUGCGAACGCGGAGAUUCAGGGCAUUCUUCAAAACGCUACCCGCGUCAGCCAGAACUACAUCGACGAAGCUAGCAACACAAAUAUCCUUGUCUAUGACGGUGUUCAAUGGGUUGGAUAUAUGGACGACAGUAUCAAAGCCUCAAGGCAGUCUCUCUAUCAGGGUCUGAACAUGGGCGGAUCCGCGGAUUGGGCCACGGAUUUGGUGGCUUACAACAAUGUCCCAUACCCGGCGAUUUCAUGGACCGACUUUAUCGAAGAUGCCAGGAUCGGAAAUAAUCCUCUCUCUGAACCCGAGAACAUAACUGGCAACUGGACUAGUGUACAAUGCACUGACCCAGCCGUUAAUUUUUGGGUUCAAGAUCAAAUGAGCGCAAAGCAACGAUGGAGCGAAAUGGACGGUGAUGAUGCUUGGGCAGACAUCACAAACCAGUGGAUAAAUGUUGACCAACCCAACGGCGACAUCACAUUCAUUGCCUCUAUUGUUAAUUCGAUCCAUGGCCCUGAGCUUACUGAUUGCGAGUCGAUCGGGCCGGAUAACAACUGUCAAAUGACUGAACAGUGUUGGUUCGAUCCAGCGGGGUCUGAUGGUUCACCAGCUGCUGGUGCAGUUUCUUACGAGAUCUUUAAUUCACUUGUUGUUGUCCAUGAGAUGUACCAAGACACGUGGGAUGCAUUGUGGACAGCCGCUGCUAUUUUCGAACCCAGUCUCACUGAGUUUGAAAACACCUUUGCGCCCGUAGCUCCGGAACCAGACGAUACAUGGCUUCAAAUCCUCCUGGACUUUGUCAGUCUUGGAGCUACCGCUUUGGCUGCGCCAAUUUUCAAUAGCUUCCUUUCCAAGUUACCGUAUUUCAUCGCGAAUGAGGCGACUAGUGCCACAACAAAGGACGUUACCUACGCUGCUAUUGCGGCGGUAGUAACUGCAGGUAAGGAUGUUGUCGCGGGUCAAACAACAAUAGGAACAUGGACAGUGGCAGACCAAAAUGCGUUUUCUACAUACAUGGGACAGAUUGUAGGUGCUUGGGCGAAUUUGACAGAUCUAGCGCUACAAGAAUUACUCUCCGGCUCCAACACCUCCAUUCCCAAUCUGGAUACCCUGAUCGCAGGGGGCAAACUCAUCGCUGGCAUGCCAGACAUUGGCGAUUUUCCGCCGGACGAGGAGGAGCUUACCGUGUCAAUUACUUCCGCCUUUUAUGCUUACGCUAUCCCUGCUAUUUGGUCAGCUGCGAGCUAUAAUGUGUUCGUCAUCGACAGCGGAACCUCCUGCGGUACAGUCAAUCCGAUCACCCAGUACAUGACUACUGAAGAUCAAGAGGUCUCGUGGGGUUGCUAUCCACCUGGGACCGGAGAACUCUACUACAUCGCUAUGCCGGUUACGAGUCAAUUUAUGCCCAAUUGUGGUAGCGAUCCACCAGAUGGACGCUGCCCAGAGGUUCCGUUCACCGCGGCGCCUGGCCUUUCAGCUUUGACUGGGGGAUCGGCAUGGGGAGGCGUCACUGUACAAUCUCUUAUUCAAGGAGCUAUUCGCAGCUAUCAAGCCAAUGACAAUGCCAACGGUGGCAGCUUAGCAGACCCUAGCAUCCAACAAACCGUUGAUGAUUUGUCUAAUGGGAACUACACUACUCCUGGCUUUAUCAAUAUUCCAGUGUGUACCCCAGAGAUGGCCGAAACUGCGUCGGACGAUAGCAGCACUACCUCGGAGCCCAAUUAUCCCUGCGUCUUAGUGCCCAGCCCGAAUGACUGCGGAACCUCGACAUUUACCGAUGCAACUAGUGACGCUUCCCCACUUGUUACUGAUUGCCAGCAGAUUGUGACAAAUAUUGCUGGCACCCAGGGCUCGUGGGAGGUCGAAUGCACGGUUGGUGAGCAGCAUCAACUUGUCCAGUAUGGAACUUGUGCUUUUGGGGUGACGGGAACAACUGGAACUGGUGAUGUUGACUUCAACGUCGGCGCUCAGGAUAUUGUGGAUCUUAUCACUUCGUCAAUUCAGAUGUUUGCGUCAGGUAGCUUAGUAGGUGCUUCGGGCAACAUGGCAUGCCAGGGGGAUGUAGGAAACGACAAUGUUAACUGGGGGCUUUACCAUACUUGA